GGAACCCACGACGUCAGCAUCGCCGCCCGCCGUCGGCGUUGACGGCCACGCCGAGGCUUUUGCUGAGGGCCUUCAGGUGGCAGGGGCGGCAGAAUAGCCCCAUUAGGCCGCAGUGAGCCUGGGCGUCCCCGCAGACCACCCCGGGGGGGUCCCCGAUAGAUGGCCCACCGGGAUCCCAGGUAGGAGUCUUUGGCCAAGAUUUCAGAACGGGAUAUAAAGUGCGACGGGUGGAAAGAAAAAUUACCAGGGGAAACGGAGGGCGUGAAAUCAAAAUCCAGGUCGGAGUCGGAAUCAGAAUGGAAAUCAUAUGAAUCGUGAUCUUCAAAAUCAGAAAAAUCUGAAUCUAAAAAAACGUGGCGAGGCAGAAUAUAAUCAGGGGAACAUGCGGAUGGUCGUCGGCGUGUACGCCGGUGCUGGAUUUUUCCCGCUGGGUCCACUAGUGGCUGCGUCAUUCUGUCAGGAAUGAACGGGCAGGCAGGCAGGUUGUUAUGGACCCAAAUGCAGGGAAAACGAAAAAGGCAGCGAGGCAGGUGGCAGAGAACUCAAAAAGGCUUUAAUGAUAACUAACAAAAGGCACAAAGUACAAAACAAAGGCUGUGGUGAUCAAAAAACUAUCAACAAAUAACUUAGGUCACUAACAAAGGCUGAAUAUCAAAAACUUACUGAGACGAACACGAGGGCUAGGACAGGACUUCAACUUUGACGCAGGCACAGACAUUGACAUAGACAAUGACGCAGCAAGGAGUGAACAGAAAAUGGGAGCAUAUAUACACAAGCAGACAAGGGAUAACGAGACAAGGAACAGCUGGGUAACACAGGUGGAUGCAGAUUGCCGAAUACACUGGGAAAACACACACAGACAAUAAUCAACCCAAACUGGCUAACGAGUAUCCGUGCCUUGGACCUGUUAGUUUCCCAAGCAAGUGUACACCGUUAGUCUCCCAAGAAGGCGGUACAAUUCAGAAGAUUCCAUUUGUAUCGAAGCAAAAAAUGAAUCUGUAUCGGACACAAACACACCGGAUAGGCUUUCCAUACAGUAGAUCCUGGUGGUCCAUAUAAACUCGAUGGAGUUUCACAGAGGGAUACAAACCCUGAAGAGGGUAUGACAUCAUGUGAAUUACACCCGUUCUUAUGUAUGUGACUUCCCAUCAUGUCUGGUUGAAAAAAUGAAGAGGAGUUAUCCUUCUGGAGGUGAAACUGCAACGGAAGAAAAAAGAGAUAGUGAUAUCCGAGAGACGGUCACUUCGCUCACGUGUUGACAAGAAGGAAGGAUGGCUCUGGACAGCAAGUGGAAGGAGCUGCUGUUGGGAACGCUGAAGGAGCUUGGGGAGGACGACUUCGAGGAAUUCAAGUUCUUUUCGGACCUGCCUCAAAGCGUACAAGAAAACCCCCGCCGGGUGAACAUUGCUAACGCGCUGGUGAAGAAGCACGGCGAGAAUACUCUGGAGGAGACCAUCAAAAUUCUGGAAAAGAUUGGUAACAAGAACUUGGCCGAGAAGUUGCGUGGCAACGUGCUGGAAAUAAAAGGCCCCGUCUUCUCCGUUCAUGAUGUUGAUGAUCAGAUUGCCAGAUUGAAGGCAGACCUGCAGGACAACCUGCGGAGUUUAUACAGCUUUGUUCCCGAGUGCAACACCGAGCCCUGGAAGCAGCAGCAGCCUCUGGCGGAGGUCUACACCGAGGUGGACAUCACCUACGGGGCCGACGUCACGCCCGACGAUCGGCACGAGGUCCUUCAGAUGGAAACGCGUGCCGCCGCCGCCAAGGGGUCUAUCCUGUCCUGCGACAUCUUCAAAAGCCCUGACGGGAAGCCGCGACCAAUACGCACGCUCCUCACCGUCGGCUUCGCGGGCAUCGGAAAAACCUUCCUCGUUCAAAAAUUUGUGUGUGACUGGGCCAGCGGGAAUGCCAACCAGGACGUGCACCUCAUAUUUCCCUUCACAUUCCGUGAGUUGAACACUGACAAAGGGAAAGGUUUUACGCUUGCUGAGCUUAUCCGUCGCUACGUCUGCGGGAGCAGACACAUCAGCGAGGAGACUCUGAACAUUAUAUUAGACGGCCUGCAGAAGUCCGGGAAACAGGACUAUGAAAGCAGCAGGAUCAAGAUCUUGUUUGUCUUGGACGGACUGGACGAGUGCAACUUUAAAAUGGACUUGAAAAAUCAGACGAAAGUGGACAUGGAUGUGAAAAAACUCUACCCGCUGGAGGUGCUCCUGGGGCACCUCAUCAAGAGGAACCUGCUUCCUUGCUCCCGGGUUUGGAUCACCACGCGGCCCGCGACGGCCCGCGACAUCCCGUCCGACCUCAUUGACAGCAGAACAGAGGUGAGAGGAUUCAGCGAUUCCAGGAGGCUGGAGUACUUCAGGAAAAAGUUCCCAAAUGAGGAGCGUGUCAUUGAGCACAUCCGAAAAACUCGCACCAUCUUCAUCAUGUGCCACCUGCCCAUCUUCUGCUGGCUCACCGCCACAGUUCUUCAGGAUCAUUUGGACAAAGGGAAGGAGGGAGAGCUUCCCACAACGCUGACAGACAUGUACUCGGAGCAUGUUUUUAACCAGCUGGACAAGUCCAAGGAGCGACAGACAACCGAGUCCGCCGAUUACGUGAAAGCGCUAGCAAAGCUGGCGUUUGACCACACCAUGAGUAAGCAACAGAUCUUUUACGAGGAGGACCUGGCGAAAAGCGGAUUUGAUUACAGCCAAGCCGCAAAACACUCCGGAAUAUUCACCGAGGUGUUUAAGGAGGUCCGUCCGCUCAGAAGAAACCAACAGGGCAAGAUGUUUCAGUUCGUCCAUCUGAGCAUCCAGGAGUAUUUGGCCGCAUUUCACGUGAUGAUAUGCCUCUUUCACGACAACAAGAACAUACUGGCUGAUUCAGAGCAGGCACUGGAGUGUGUCUUCCAAGAAGAAGAAAAAUCAGAAGAAACAGAAUCAGAAGAUGGAGAAAAAGAAUCUGAAGAAGAAACAGAAUCAGCCGAUGGAGAAAAAGAAUCUGAAGAAGAUACAGAAGAUGAAGGGGGUUGGAAAAUCACUGAGGUUCACCGAUCAGCUCUCCAGAAAGCCUCGGAGAGUGAAGGAAACUUGGACAUGUUCAUCCGCUUCCUCUUUGGCCUUUCCUUGGCAUGCAACCAGAAACUAGUGGGGGAACUGCUGAGAGCUCCUCAGGACUGCAGACGAAGCAAGUCAAAGACUGUCAAGUUGAUCAAGGAGCGGAUAAAACAAAACACUCCAGAGAAGAACAUCAACUUGUUCUACUGCUUAAACGAGCUGAAGGACGACUCUUUGCUGAAGCAGUUUCAGAAAAAAAAAAAUAGUUCAGUAAUUGUUGACUGGGACAAAAUGCCAAAUGACAUGUGGUCAGCCUUGGCCUUCUUUUUACUGACAGACGACGAAACCAUGGAGUCCUUUGACCUGUGGAAAUACACCACAUCGCCUUUGGGGCUCGAGAAGCUGUUGGUGGUGGUCAAGGCGUCUGAAAAAUCAAAUCUACAUGGUUGUAACCUGGACAAAGGCAGCUGUCACCUGCUGGCUUCCGUUCUCAGCUCUCCAUCCAACCUGAAGCAUCUGAAUCUGAGCUACAACAAUCUGUCUGACGAAGGGGUGGCGAUCCUCUCGAAAGGACUGGCCAGCCCAAACUGCAUCUUAGAGUCCCUCAUUUUAAGAAUGUGUGGCCUGGACAAAGACGGCUGUCACCCGCUGGCUUCCAUUCUCAGAUCUCCAGCCAACCUGAGGCAUCUGAAUCUGAGCUGGAACGCUCUGUCAGACAAAGGGGUGGAGAUCCUCUCAAAAGGACUGGCCAGCCCAAACUGCAAAUUGGAGUCCCUCACGCUGACACUUUGCAAGAUCACGGAUAAAGGAUGCGUUUUGUUGGCCGAGGCGCUCAAGUCAAACCCCUCCCAUCUUCAAAACCUAUUGCUGUGGGGUAAUCCAAUAGGUGAAGAAGGAAGGAGGGUCUUAUCGCACGUCCAAGAGGAUCCAAGCUAUCGCCUGCAGACUGUCGGGGUUUAAUUGUACAGCUAAGAAGAACGUUUGAUCCCUGGUCUCAAGAAGGGCGAGACAUUCCAGAUGUUCAUUUUUAAAAGACGUUGAGCCCAUUUGUUCUUCAGAUUUAGUUCGAUGCUACGUACUGUCCAACGACCUCAAGAGCACCAGGUGUCGGCGCUAACGGCAAAAGCGGCCACGCUCCCCGAAUUUGAGGGGGUUCGUCUGCCGGCGUCGGGUGUUUUGCUGCAACGCCGCUCUACCAUGCUGCCACCAAACAGCUGGCAGUUAUUUUCUGCCAUGAAUUGGAAUAUGUUUGUCACGAGUAAACGUCCAAUCCAUUUGGACUGGGAGGGAAUGACCAAAUGGAUUGGACUUCCAGCACCGCCAACGGGAGCCAAUGAGUUCAAUAAAUAUCUUAUUAAAGUUCAACUCAUGUUUGUCACAAAUUCAAAAAAAGGUAACGCACACUUGAAAUUGUUUUGCUCAUUUCGAAAUCAAUGUUUUAAAAAUGAUCAUUUUCACUUCUUCAUGUCAAAAAGAGGAUCUAAUGUUAUUUUGUAAUGGAACUGUAAAACCCUAACCUGAAAUGAAAGUUGAAAAAUCACCAAACAAUCCACAAAUACUUGAAUAAAUACACUGGAAAUGUUUAAUUCACUUAACAGGUAUUCCUAAUGGUAAAGAAAAAUGGGUACUAAUCACAGCGAGAGGGCAAUUUUAUAGAAGAUGAGGAUGCUUUACAAUUACCUGGACAGAUGUCCAUGUUAUUUUUAUGAUAUUUAUGAACAGUAUUAUGGCCAAACAAAUAACGCUACUCGGAUGACAUGAUUUCAAAUAUUAAUGAUCGGUAAUUUCUCACCACUUGAGUAUUCUUUUCACCAAAGGAUGUUUUUUUACUUGUACUUGAGUAAAUAUUGUCAAAUGACUACUUUUACUGAAGCAAUAUUACGGUAUUUGGAAGUAACGCUACUCUAACUUGAGUAUAAUUUUUGGCCACCUACUUUUGGUUAAGUAACAAACGAUUAUCGUAGGCCAAAUUAGCAGAGUAGCAUUUUUUCUUCGACUCAAGAAAAUGUCAAAUGGAUGGCGUGGUGAAACUACUCAUAGAAGUAAAAUUUUCUUCAAAAUUUAGUCGGAAAGUAAAUGUAACUCGCCCUGAGAGAGGAGAACUCUUUGAUGUCGACCGACCAGCCUCUAGCGUUCCGACAGGAUGAAGGGGAAAAGCAAACUUGUGGACAUCGAUUCAAAAGUUUCAAUCAUUUAGACGUCGCUGGCAGCCAAUGUAGUAAUACAGAAAUUCUUGUUGUUGAAAAAUUGGCUAGCAACCUACUGCUUCCUUUUUUAAACAUGUCACCUUUUGAAAACAAUAUGUGGCUUCUUGGCGAGACAAUAAGGUGAUAUAUCACCAUUCUGAUAUAUAGUCAUUACCCUGAUACACUCCCGUUCAAAAGUUUGGGGUCACCCAGACAAUUUUGUGUUUUCCUUCAAAAGUCACUUUUAUUUCUCAAAUGAGUUGCAAAAUGAAUAGAAAAUACUGUCAAGACAUUGACAAGGUGAGAAAUAAGGGUUUUUAUUUGAAAUAAUAAUUUUCUCUUUCAAACUUUGCAUUUAUCAAAGAAUGCUUCCUUUGCAAACAAUUACAGCUUUGCAGACCAAUGACAUACUAGCUGUGAAUUUGUUGAGGUUAUGUAGAGAAACUUCACACUUCCAGAAGCACCUCCCGCAAGUUGGAUUGGUAUGAUGGGCACUUUUUGCGUACCAUACGGUCAAGUUGCUCCCACAACAGCUCAGUGGGGUUGAGAUCUGUUGACUGUGUUGGCCACUCCAUUACAGAUAGAAUACCAGCUGCCUGCUUCUUUCCUAAAUCGUUCUUGCAUAAUUUGGUGGUGUGCUUUGGGUCAUUGUCAUGUUGUAGGAUGAAAUUGACUCCAAUCGAGCGUUGUUCACAGGGUAUGGCAUGGCGAUGCAAAAUGGAGUGAUAGCCUUCCUUAUUUCUAAUCCUGUUGACCUUGUACAAAUCUCCCACUUUACCAGCCCCAAAGCAACCCCAUACCUUCACAUUACCUUCACCAUGGUUGACAGAUGACAUCAGGCACUCUUCCAGCAUCUUUUCAGUUGUUCUGCAUCUCACAAAUGUUCUUCUCUUUGAUCCAAAGUCCAAACACCUCAAACUAUGAUGCGUCCGUCCAUAACACUUUUUGAUAAUCAUCCUCUGUCCAAUGUUUGUGUUCUUUUGACCAUAUUAAUUGUUUCCUU